AUGCCGAGAUCCAAGAACAAACCAAGUACCUUCGCAUCAAGUACAGGCUACCACCUCGGCAGUGGCGCGGUAGUGAACGCCAUCGUAGACAUGCCAACAUCCAAUCCUAGAAAGUCCUACAAACCGGUCACGAACGUCGAUGAUCCUGACUCCGACGAAGAAGACGACGGCGCAGAUAAGGCAGAUGUCGACGACACCGAGAUCACAGACCUGCUAGACAUGGGAGAUAGAGUCAUAGAGCAGGAAGAGGACGAUGAGGAGGAAGAUGAGGAGGACGACAAGGAGGACGACAAGGAGGACAACAAGGAGGACAAUGAGGAGGAAGAUGAGCAGGACGACGCCGGCGUCCCUGGCACAGUGCGAACUGUCAAGGACGAAGAGAAACGUGCGAGUCGACGACAAGCGAAAGAAGUCGGGCCAUAUGACACGCCAAAACCAGGCGAUAGUGAGCGUCGCAAUCCAGACGGCACCAUAGAAAUCGUGAAGGGGGGUGGCAUCAAAGAUGAGGGCCAAAUACUUGUGGGCGCUAAGAAGGACCCCAACUUCAACAACAUCCUUGCGAAAACCAAGACAAGCCAGAUCGCGAUCAUCAAGCGCGCCGAACAAAGCACUCGCGGAAAGCCAAAAGUGCAUAACUUCAGUGACAAAGGGAACAAGACGUACAAGUCGUCGGAGUUGGCCAAUGACCAUGCUGUGGAGUGCCUGAUAGGGCCCUACACUACCAAGGCGUGCACGACGCUGGUGACUGAGAAGUCCACCGACCUCGAUAAUGACGAUGUCGAACAGACUUUGCGCGAUGAUUACCAUCCGGAUUGUAUGUGUCCUGUUUGUAUCGCCCGCAGAAAAAAUGACAAUAUGGCAAAGGCCAGGGCAGAGAUCAAGAGGAGGGAGGACCUGAAGAGAAAGAACACUGCCGACGAGGCCAAAGCGAAAAGGGACAGGAACACAGAGAGGUCUUUGCGCAAAACACCCAAGAAGUUGAGGUCAGGCAAGAUAGCUGACGAGGGCUGCAUGCUCAAGGAUGACUGGAUCGAUGGCUAG